AUGUAUACGGACGGCAAUAAACUUGUUAAUGACAGUUCUGGCAGUGGCAUUUAUAUUAGAUGUCGGGAUCAAGAAAUAAAAAUUCAAAGAAGAAAUCCAGAUUUCUGCUCGGUAUUUCGAAGCGAGCUUAUUGCAAUUUUGGAGGGUCUGAACUCCAUCAUGUGGCUUCCUCAGUUAAAAGAUAUCUGGAUAUUUUCGGAUAGUAGAAGUGCCGUCCAGCACUUGCCUGAUUGGCAUAAUGUGAGGGAUAAUACAUGUGGAGACAUUCUCAGGAAACUAAAACAACUUUCCCUUUCUUAUCAAAUCCACUUUCAGUGGAUUCCGUCCCAUGUCGACGUUGCUGGAAAUGAAAUUGCAGACAGCUUAGCUAGAGCUGGUGCUAGCGAGACCACAACGCCUGCUGCUCCCCUUACUCAUAUGAAACUAUUUUCUAAAUGUAAGGCAAAGAGUAAGGCCGUUUGA